AUGUCGUCUUACACACAAACAUCCCAGAAUUUUGUUCGGGCUCUGAAAGCCUCGACUGAUCCUCCCCACCCAGGUGGUUUACAAAAGAUUGAAAUCGCUCAGCUUACAUGGGAUAACACCUCCUUCGCUGUACCAAACAAGGGCGAAGUCAUCAUAGAUUGGAUCCUAACUCGACUCCUCAAAGAUAAGCAUGAUGCCGAGUCCAAAUCCAGCGCAAUCGCUGAUACUCGCUUUUGGAUUCUUAUGAAUAGUAUUAUAACACAUCAAAUGUCCUCUAAUGUGGCACGUCCGACCAAAGUCUGGCUUCUGCCUCUGCUGAAUCGGACUCCUAUCGCCCCCAUUAUGCUUGCGUAUUUAGGCAUUCUGGAAAAACUCGAUAAUAUUCAAAUGCGAUGUCUUUGUCCAAUCGCGCAAAAGUGUUUCGACAUCCUGUGGCCCUUAUCCGUACACAGAUUCACCCCUGACUUGCUCUUGGACUGCUUCGGUUCCGUACUAGCGGUAUUUGAGAUGUGCACUGCAGAUGAAAAUCUGGCUCGUACUUAUUCGAUGAUCGUCGCCUCAUACCAAGCUGCACUCGAGAACUCUUCGAUUAAGAGAAAGCUUUAUGUGUCAUUCAUAGGGUCUUAUUUGGAUAGUUGGGUUCAAUGCAUUUCAGGAAUAGGUCGAGCGGAUAUUGAAGUUACAUGCCAAUCGUUGUUAGAGAAUAUCUAUGCUGCAGGAUUUGACACAAUCUUCAACAUCGAUACACUCCGACAAACUCAAGAUUCCCACUCUGAAGACAAAUUUUUUGACUUCCUCGUCAAAUCCAUGCCCGCAUCUUCCGCUCGUAUCUUGACUAUAACUCCACGUAUAUUCCGGUCCUACGUGCAAUGCAUUCAUAAAUAUCGUGGCACACUAUUUUCUCUGGACUCAAGCCAAUCAUUCGAACGUCUUAUAGGACAAGUCAAGGUGGCCGGAAUGAGGUUUUUCGCAUCUUGCAGCAAUCUUCUAGAUUGUGCUGCAGAAGAUACGCAACUAUGGUCAACCCGAGCCGCUUUACUUGCUAUCGUGGAUAGCGAGAAGUUAUACAGUGCCACUGACCAAGUAGGCCGGCAUCCGGUUUCGCACAGUAGAGAGCUUGCUAUCAGUGCUCUUGGUGAAUCUUGGCAAACGGGGCGAUCAUCAGUUGCGAGCCCUGUCAUCAGUGUCCUUGAGACCCUCGUUCGUAUAGAUUAUGAUAUCAUAGGGCCGUCAUUGCCUAAAAUCUUGCCUAGAUUGCUUGCGGCACAAAACAUUUCGACAAAUGCACUCCCCUUCCUGGAUCUCAUCCUAGAAUAUCAUGUCAAAACUCGAACAUUGAAUUCUUAUGCUUUGAGCAUACUAUCAGCUCUUUCAGACCAUCAUAUCUUAUCUAGCAUCAAAGAUCCGCGUUUUUUCUAUGACCUAGCUCUAUCUAGUCCUGUUUUCAGCGCCGACCAUCUGGAACAUUUCUCUAGAUCUGUUCAUAACUUCAUUACACCAGGACAAGUAGUUCAAACAACGCGCGAGGUUCUCAUGGUCUUCACAGACGCCUGGAGUCGAUGUCAAGAAAACUUUGUUCAAAAACGCCUUACUGCAAAAAAGAAGCGAGGGACGGGGAACUCUGCUCCUGCAAAUAGCGAUGCAGAAACAUUGGCCGUAGUUUUCUCUCUGGCUACCAGAAUCAUAUCAGUGAUCCUCCUCGCCAUCGCCGGGCAGUCUCUUUCUGAGACCACUCGGAGUGAUGUUGACUUGCUGAUUAAAGAAGCUCAAAAGGUCGCCACUCGCGCCUCAUUUGAUCUGCUUGGGUCGCAACAGCCAGAGAAUCAUAGCAUUGUGUGGGCACAACAAACUACCGCAACGGCUGCCCUUCGCUUCGAUUAUGGACUGAAACGUAGCGGCUGUGUAAAUCAGAGUAACCAGGACGGCGGAAAUUUACUAUCAGUAAUGCUCCAAGUGGUCCAGGAGGAAAAUACAUUGCCAGAACUCACUCUCGAAAUCUUCCGAAGUCUGCUAGGGGAGAUGAUCAAUGAAAAUGACUCUCACAGUGCUUCUGUGCUAAAUAGCGUCCUCUCGUACCUUGAGUGGCAUCUUGUUGGAGAAGGUAGGAUGGCGUUGUCCAAAUUGGGUAAUGACGAGAAGCAUACACCUGCGUUGGAUAUAUUACAUCUGCUCAUUAAAAGAUGGAUGGCUGAUAUCGACCAUCAGCUACCGACCACUUCAGCUCCUCGUGUACAGGCUAACAAUAUUGUCGGUGAACUAUUUUGUUCUGCGCAAUUCUGGGAGCUACCAAACUUAAGAGAAGAUCUCUCAGCUGUUUUCUUAACCUUGGUUGAUGAAAGAACAUCACUUCUGGAUAGGAUCGAUUUGACAAGGGUGGUCGCUUCGAAUAGCGUCGAUUUAGUAAACACGAAACUUAUGCAACAAGUGGAUUCGACUUAUGAAUUACUUCUCCUCGUCCCCAUGGAGUACUAUACUCGCCCAUAUCGGGUUCAAUUUAUGCAAAGAGCUCUGAAGGCCGACAUCUUGACCAAUAUUGUGCCUAAACAGGAUGGUCACUUGGCGCAAAGAGCACAGCACUCUAUAGCAAUCAUACGAACAUUUUUGAAACGUCUCUGCCACUAUCACGGUGUUCUUGAUCAUUCUAUGACUCUCCAAUAUCUUGGUCAUCUAAUCGGGCCGGCAACAUCAUCCGGUCUGCUCCCUGACGUUCUUUUGCUUGUGACGCUGGACUUAAUAGAGAUACAAAUUUUGUCUAUCUUGCGCCUUCAUGGAGACAAGUCAGAAAUGAUGAUCUCAGUCGUAGGGUGGCUUCUGAGACAUCGACCCUUCGAGCAGUCCAGUCAAGAUUUAACGUGUAAUAAACUUGUCGAGCAGUGCGUAGUACGCUUCACAAGGUCGCUGACAACCCAAUUCAAGGUGUCAAUCUUUUCAGAACAAACAAUCACAUCGUUGAAACAGUUAUAUGACAAUUUAAUGGUGACAAUAGCUCCUCCGUUGGUCAAAGUAGCGAGUCAAGGAUUCUCGUCAUUGUCAGAUUCAACGAGUACCAUGCUUGCAGCCUGGUCAAACAGUCUGGCUUUUGGCAACUGGCUUGGGUUGGAUCAUUCAUUCACUCCUCGUUUAGGCCAGAAAAUAGCUUCCAAUCUGAUCUAUACCAGUCGAUCUAGGGAUACGUCAAUAUCAUCUAUGGAAAGCACAUCUGCAGAAACAGUGGCUUUAUUGUUUGAAGAAUUGCGAUGUUUGUCUCAUCUCAAUAUAACUCGCCAUCUAGAGGUCACAUUGGCUACUUAUAUGGUAUGCAGAAGUCAACUGCCUGGAAAAAUUGACGCGUGCAUUGUAAACGUAUGCAAAUGGAUACCUGUUCAAGAGUUCUCAUAUCUACUAGAUAUCAUACACGCUGAGCUCGCAACGCCCACGCUUACUUCAGGGGAACGCAUUUCCCUCUUACAUCUUUCUUCUGUUUUAACGCACGAAGCACCACAAGGUACCUCUCAGAUCUUGCAAAGCUUCUUAACACGAUGCCUCAGCAUCUUCACCAAUAAUAUCACAGAAUAUAUCAAUUCCGUAGGCUUAUGCUGUGAUGUCCUUACAUUUAUUGACCAGUUUUGCUCCGAGAAACCCGCAUUGAUACGUUCUUCAGAUUUGAGCAAUAUCUGGUCCUUCUUGUCGCAGGUUAUUGCAGGUUCACCUAGUGAAAAUGCAUCAACAUCCCCUCUAGUUUUCCAUCGUAUCACUGCAAUCGUCAGUAAUCUCAUCCGCUUAAGGCGUGAUUUGGUUGUGCAUACUCUCCCGCAUCUUGGUAUGCUUCUGCGAGCGUUGAUCAAAUUGACACGAAGACCUCGAUCUCGUCUUGGGGCUAAGCAGGCUAGGGUUGUCACUGAUACCUUUCCAGCAUGGAUCCAUUCCGCUCAUCCCUUGUCUCCUAAAGAAUGUCGUGCACUCGCACGGCUUCUAACGACCCUCACUGCAAAAUCAAUUCCCUCUACGCAUCAGAACUCCUCUAAUUCAACAGCGCCCACGCCUGAACCGCAAAAAGCUGAAUCUCUCACCAAACCGUUUUCUCGGCAUGCUGUUUACGUGCUGGUAGCAUAUGUGGAAGUCAUGAAUGACCCAUUAUGUGUGCUGACCAUUGAUAUGCGCAAAGAGCUGGAGCCUGGUAUGUUCGCCUUGUGUGAAAUGAUUGGAGAACACAAUCGCGACGCCGUAAUGACAUCCUUACUGGAUGCAGGUGGGAAAACUGUGAUGAAGGACCUAUGGAAGCAAUUUGAAAAACAGAGAUACGUUGGCAAAGGUUAA